AAAAGUAACAGCCUUACAUAAACUGCUGUACUGAGCUGUCAACUCUUCAAGUGAAAUAUUCAUUAAUUAUGAGUGCUCUCAGUUGCAGGGCCAUAGAACUGCUGGUGACAGACUUCUGCUGUGAUACCGGGAAGGCUCUGGGACCCGGCACUCCGCCUGACUGCACACUGACUCUUCGUCACUCUCAAUGACAAGAACAGCGAAAGCCUUGUCGAUCUGCUAAUGAUCUUCACUCCUGUCUGAAUUCUGUUCCUGGGCUGCUGGGUCUCGGUCGGCGCUCGUCUGCUCCCCCUUCCGUCCGCUGGCCAGCAUCAUCCAGCGUCCUGUGAGUCCGAAUCCUUGCUGCCAGGAUGGGAAAGCAGAACAGCAAGCUGCGCCCGGAGGUCAUGCAGGACUUGCUGGAGAGCACCGACUUCACGGAGCAUGAGAUCCAGGAAUGGUAUAAGGGCUUCUUGAGAGACUGCCCCAGUGGACAUUUGUCAAUGGAAGAGUUUAAGAAAAUUUACGGGAACUUUUUCCCUUACGGGGAUGCUUCCAAAUUUGCAGAGCAUGUCUUCCGCACCUUCGAUGCCAACGGAGAUGGGACAAUAGACUUCAGAGAAUUCAUCAUAGCCCUGAGUGUGACAUCGAGAGGCAAGCUGGAGCAGAAGCUGAAAUGGGCCUUCAGCAUGUAUGACCUGGAUGGAAACGGUUACAUCAGCAAGGCAGAAAUGCUCGAGAUUGUGCAGGCGAUCUAUAAGAUGGUUUCCUCUGUAAUGAAAAUGCCUGAAGAUGAGUCAACCCCGGAGAAAAGGACAGAAAAGAUCUUUCGCCAGAUGGACACCAACAGAGAUGGAAAACUCUCCCUGGAAGAGUUCAUCCGAGGGGCCAAGAGCGACCCGUCCAUCGUGCGCCUCCUGCAGUGUGACCCCAGCAGCGCAGGCCAGUUCUGAGCCUGCGCCCCGCGAAUCCUAGGGCUGCCUGUGUUCCCCUUUGGAUUUUUCUUUUUAACCUUUUUUUUUUUUUUUGCCAAACAAUAUUGAUGGUGAUGCUGUCCCCGUGCGGUCAGAUGCACCUUCCUCCGUGACGCCUUCAGCUUCUUUCGUUUGUGGACGCUUCGUGGGAAUGCCCGCCCGACGCUUGUGGGGAGCAUGGGCAGUGCUGUCGUGCACAGACUCUGGUGUUCAUUGUUCUGACGAUUUUAAAUGGUUGUUGUUAUUCUUUUCUCUUGAUUCUACUGUCUCUGUUCUAAACCCGAAGACCCGGGGAAGCCGGAGAAGGGAAACUGAUCUAAUGCAAUGAUGCUGUUACAAGCUUUGAGGGGCUUGUUUGAAAAACAAAACUUCGCCUGGGGCUGUUGUCACACGUGCCCGAAGGGUGAUGGCACCAGGUGUGGGAGCCCCAACCUAAGAAUAGGGACCGUUCUGGGGCCAGGCUGUGAAAGACCCCGGGGGGUUCCUCCCCAGCAGGCCUCCGGCCCUUCCCAGCAAGCUGUAGUUUCCAAGCUGUGAACAUUUCAAAAUAAAUUAAUAGUGAGAGAAAAAGAUGGCUCAGCUGUUUUUUCACAGGUUUACACUAGUUGAGCUAAGAUGAGUUUCUUUAAAAUUAAUCACAAAUGGUAACUUAUAUUACAAGACCAGACUUAUCUUGUUGCCUCUUGUGAUU